AUGGAGGAAAAUCUGCGCCGCUUGGGCCUACGCGAGGAGACAGGCGUUGCCGCAGGUGACUCCGCCCGUAUGAAAGGCCCGCAGGAGUACAUUGCAUCGAUAAAGGCAGCAAAGGAGGACGCAAUGAAGCUGCGGCACGAGAAGGAAUACCGGCAGUUCGCAGCGGAGGAACAGAAGCGCGAGAAUGAGAUGAUGCUCUCUGUCGUCAAUAAAGAGAAGGCGCUGCAGGAUGUCAUAAAAAAGGCGCAGCUGCUGCUCGAGCGGGAGACACAGAAUGCACAAGAGGUGACAUCCAGGCGUGUGCGCAAGAACACGGAGCGCGUGUUGCGAGCAGAGGAGCUUCAAAAGCAAAAUGUACUACGAGAGCGGGUGCAUGAGGCGCUGAAGAGCACGUUUACAAGUGCCCCAGUUUUUCUGCAACUGACUUCCGCAGCUGACGAGGACGCGAGGGCGGCUCGGAAAGCACAAAAAGCCAACGCAGCGCGCGAGUACUGUCACAGCAUCGCUGCCGGCGUGGUGGAGCUGUCACUGAAGGUGGCGGAAGGCGUGUAUACCACCAGUUGCCUGAGUGGGGCGACAGUACACCGCAUGUCGCGGGAUCUGAGUAUGACGCAGAGGCGUGCGUGGAUGGACGAGCUUGUCUUCCCGAAGAAGGCGGCCAAAACGAUGAGUGACGUUCUCGCCACGACUACUCUGCGUGAGCUGCGUGAUCCGAAUUACAAGAGCCACAGCAACCAUAGGGAGGAGACGGUCUCUUCGUCCCACGUGAUAAGUGAGGCCGGUGUGCGGGAGGAUGCGGAGGAUUCUCGCGACGGCGUCGACGGUGGCAACCGCACAGCAGCGACGGGGGAGACCAUUAUUGGACGUAUCGCGGAGAUGCAGAUGAAAUACGAAAAGGGUCUUAUCUCCCGCGGUGUGGCAGAUGCGGUGCAUAUCAUCAGGCAGGAAGAAGAAAAGAAACUCCGCGUCGCCCUGGACGAAUUGCGGCGUCAGCAUGAAUCUCAGUGUCACGAGGAGGCUGCGCCUGGCUGGAUGCAUCGUCUGCCACCCGCCGGCUGCUUUGUGUACGGCGACGAGCUGAGUGGUUUGAAAGUGCUUGCCGACACACUGGGCAAUGACAGUACGCAUGACGCGCCGCCGUCGCAGACCAAACGACGCGGGAGCGCCGUUCUACAAGCGGACCUGCAGAGGUCGCUGCAGGAGACGGACGCCAGCAAGUGGGAGCACGGGCCGUACCGCAUCCUCGUUCCUGCUAUGCUCAUCCGCACACCGCAGACAGCAGCAGGACAAGGAGGCUGCGGCAGCGGUGGCGGCUCAGCAGCAGCUGGCUCCAAACCCACGAAGGGCGGCAGCACAGUUACAUCCGGCACCUCUCGAGCAAAGGAGAAUAAGCAGACAGAGGAUGCGAUGGAGUCAAAGCAGUACAUAGAUGCGUUGUGUGAUGCCCUCACGAAGGAGCUUAUUGCGGUGUAUCAGUACAAUCUACAGUUUGUGGCGCGCAAAAACUCCAGCUCGGUGAGCACUCCUCUGGCAUCCGCCGCGUCGGUACGAACUCUAUUUCUUAUUGGAUUCCCAGAGACAGAGACGUUUUGGCGCACUCUACAUCAAAAAAUUCACGUCGCAGUUGAGGCUGUGGAGCAGGAGAUGAACAAGGCGCUCAAGGGUGAAGAGGUGAACGAAGAGCCGCACCCGCAGCCGCUUCCGAAGAUGAAGUCGUCGUACAAACCAGCAGCUGGGCAGGAUGGUGGCGGUAAGACACGCAAGAAAAACUCCAAGCACCUGAUGUCUCCCGGUGGGGGGAAAAAAAGUGCCACUCGGCCAUCCGUGACGUGGAAUGAGGAGGACCUCACGCCACCACGCUGUCUCGUGUACCCGCCGCUCUGCCUUCUUGGUGUGUUUCUGCAGUACGAUGUGUCUGCGCGCUACAGGCGCAUGCAGGCGGCCUGCCAGUUCAACUCCCCGAUCUCACAAGGGCAGCGCAGCAACAGGAGGGUGACAAUCGACGACGAAGGUGGUGUAGACUCGUGCGCCGAGUGGUCAAAAGAGAAACUCCGCCAUGAACUUAUCCACCAGGACCGCAAGAUGCGACAUUGCUGGGAGGCAUGGUGCGCGAAUGUCAGCAAGCCGUUCGCGCCACACGAGCCCGAGAUCGAGAGGGUGUUUUCGAACGAAAAACUCAAGAAGCGUUCGCGCCCCUCGCUGAUAUUAAAAGCAUGCGAGCCUGUGUCGACGAACCUUGCUGCACCGCCCGCUCUACUAUCACUUCCCUUCCCGAAGGUCCUCUUUUUCCUGCGCAAGGAGGACACUACGCUGGAGACAAGGCUCGACCGGCCUGCGGAGUCCCUCGUCACCGCACUUAAAGCUGUGCUGCACCCCACCGUGCAUGGUGUCACGAAGAAUGAGGGCCUAGUGCCAGGGCAGCUGACAGCCCCGCUGCGGCUGAGCGACUACCGCUUUCCCCCCGCCACGCUCGCACAGCUGGUGGCGAUGCAUCAACAGUUCCACACACGGUGGGAUGAGACCGCCGCCGCUGUCACCGCCACUACCUCUAAACAGCUUUCUAGGGAGGCGAGCGGCAAGGAGGGUGAAAACACGGCGGUUGCCGAGAUGGAGAUGCACCGUGCAUUUCGUACCUUUUCCACGGAUCUGCUGCGGUUUAUGACGCACCAGUUAUUUCCUCCGUCAUUGUGGACAUCAACGACGCAGCGCAUGGACACCGCUCCAGAUGCUAGCGGGAGCGGUGGUGCUGAUGUCUUUGGCCGCACUGUACACUUCAUGUCGGUGGACGGAAACUACGACAGUUCACGUGACGCGCUCUACACACUGCUUGUUGAUGGUAUGUCUAGGCUGAGUGCCACUUCUGCACUACUGCUGCGCUGUGCAUUGGAUGUGGCGUUAGCAUCAAUGGGCGAGGCUCUGGAGCGUCUCUGUGUCUGGGUGCACAGCCAUAUUGUUCACGCCCCAACGUUCUGCCCAGAAGCAGAAAAGAAUGCUUUCACACCCACACCCACAUGCGCAUCGCAUGCAGCUGACGUAGCCACCCCAAGCAACAACAACGCCAUUAAUCACAUCACUGCUAACACCAUUUCCUCGCUCACCGAUCCUGCGAAUGCCGCUUCUUCCCCUGUUAAGGCAGAGGAAGUGCCGUUGCCUGAACGAAUUGCGGCUGCUGUGGAAACCACGAAGCAGUCCUUCCUUGCCACGGUGCCCCGCCUCACCUUCGAAGAGGUGCAGGCAAUGGUGGAGCACUUGGACGGUCAGGUCGAAUCAUUUGCCGAGUUUCAACGUGUUCUCUGGUUGUACGCGUCACAUGUGCAUGCGACGGCAUUGGAUUGCUUUCGCGUGUUUGUGCGAAAUGUUAGCACCACCAUCAGCAGCGGUAGCAGCGUGAGCCUCGAGGGAUCGGGGAGCAUAGAGGCAAUAGCCCCACGCGUUACGGAGGUGCUCUUGGCGUACCUGCUCGCCUUCGCACCGGAAGAAGCGGGCGAAUGCAUGGAUCGCCUCACCACCAGCAAGCCAAUCAGCUCAAGUGCGAUAUCCGUGCCGAUUGGGCGUGUUGUGGCCGCCAUUCGGGCGUUGCGGCGCUGCUGCACAGUGGCUGGAUUCUGUGCAGCUCGUUGGGUGGAUGCAAUGUACGCCACCGCUCUUACAGUUUCUCCUCACGGCAGCUUCCCAGCGCACUGUCGCCCAACUGAUAUCACCGACAUCUUUACACCACCUGUUCUCGUCGCACAGGCAGGCACUGCACCGCCACCUUCGUUGAUGCUGCAGCGGCUGUCAAAGAUGACUCCUCCGUUUGGCUUCACCCCAGAGGAGGAGCGUGACUGCUGGUACGAAACAGAGAUGGAAAUUGUUCUGCAGCACUUUUCCAUGUACCAAACACCGAUGCUCGAACAGGAGGAGUUUUGUCACUGCUUGCUGCAGUCGCAGCUGAGCACACUGUGGAGCUGCCUGCCACCCAAGGUACAUAUGGUCGCUGAGCGACUCGGCAUCUCCCUUCCCUUCCAACCACGCUUUGGGUGGGAGGAUGGGAAACAGACCGAUGAAAGAAGUGAGGAAUUUUCAGGCGUGAAGAAGGUGGUGUCGUGGUGGUCGAUGGCGCAGUGUAUUGAGAGAGGCAAGUUGCAGGUGGUGACAGAGGAGAUGGCCGUGCAUAUAUUCCACAGAGCAGUCCGAUCUCAGAUGCAUGCCUUGCCCAAUGAAGGGUGCUCCUUUGACGUUGCGACAAUGCCCCUGAUGCCAUCUGCAUCGGCUGAGACGGUACCGGGGCAAAGGAGCGAGCGACCCAUGUUACACCUGCGCGAGUUCUUUGCCAGCAUCGUCCUGCAGCGGCUUUGUUUCGCCGACACAGAAGCGUGCCCGUGCCGUGCAACGGCAGCACAGGAGCCGUCAACGAUGGAGAUACGCGCUAUGGUGAAGUCACUGCCGCGUGCGGUACGGGAACAGGGGUGCGGUGACGUGCCCGGUACGGCACCCAUAACGGCGCGGGAUUGGAAGCGCAUCAAGUGGUGGAACUUCUUCCCUAGCCAGGUGCGUGCGAAGUCGGCAGCGUUCAUCCAGCGAUAUUUGCUGCGUAUUCUCACGGUGUGCUUCGGGUUUGUCAAUGGGGAACUAUGUUCUCGCUGUGUGCCGUUCCUUCCCGAUAUGUUGUCCAUUGUGGCGAGAACAAACGGCGCGCAGGCGACAGUGGAGCGUUACUUUCACGCGCUGGCCGCCCUGAAUGUCUCACGCAAGAAGAAGCUGAAUCACUCCCAGAAGACUGAUAAUGCAAGAAAUGCCCCUACAGAUGCUGCUAAUACUGCAAGUGUUGCUCCUACUGCUAAUGCUGUUGCUUCGUCAUCGGUCGGGGAAUCAACAACGAUAUCGGACGGGCCGUUAAUGGUCUUUGACAUCAUGUUGACCGUAGAGGAGGCUCUGUUUUACUUCCAGCGUGCCAAUGAGGCAACACUGCGCGGCCCUUGCGCAAUAGGCGUGGGCCACGGAUUCCCCUAUCAGCGCCGUGAGCAGUAUUGCGCCGGGCAUCAUGAAGAUGAUAACACCAACGUUGAGGAUGAUAGUCUGCUGCUGCCGCUUGAGGCGGAGCUGACACUCCUGCUGGAGGUGGAAAACUCUGCAGCGUUGUCCUUGCCUCUGUUGUGUUCCUCGCACUGGGGGCAGCCGAUCACGCCGAGGUUGACGGUAAUUCCACCUGAGCCGAGCAUACCGGCGGUGACAAGAGGCAGUACGGCGAGGAUAGAGGAGAAGGGAGCGAACGCAUUCCAGAUGUCCGAUGUGCCGACCGAGUGGACACUUGGUGCAUUCAUCUGA